AGAUUUACCAACAGCAUGAAUCAAGAAAAGUUAGCCGAACUUCAAGCUCAGGUCCGGAUAGGGGGCAAGGGUACAGCUCGCAGAAAGAAGAAGGUGGUACAUAGGACAGCUACUGCUGAUGACAAAAAGCUUCAGAGUUCUCUAAAGAAACUGGCUGUGAACAAUAUAGCUGGUAUUGAAGAGGUGAACAUGAUUAAAGAUGAUGGAACAGUUAUUCAUUUCAACAACCCCAAAGUCCAAGCUUCCCUCUCCGCUAACACCUUUGCAAUUACUGGUCAUGCAGAAGCCAAACCAAUCACAGAAAUGCUUCCUGGAAUAUUAAGUCAGCUUGGUGCUGACAGCUUAACAAGCCUUAGAAAGUUAGCUGAACAGUUCCCACGACAAGUAUUGGAUAGUAAAGCACCAAAACCAGAAGACAUUGAUGAAGAGGAUGAUGAUGUUCCAGAUCUUGUAGAAAAUUUUGAUGAAGCAUCAAAAAAUGAAGCUAACUAAAAUCCUCUGGGUUCUGGAAGCUGGCAUGGACUAGAUUUAACAAUCAGCUCUGUUGUUCCAAAGUUUUACAGACACGGAGAACAUCACCUGUUACUAGUUCAGUAAUAUAAAUAUUUUGUAUAUUAAUAAUGCUGUUUGUUCAGCAUUUCUCGGUCAUUUGAUUUUGCAUUUUGCACUUCUUCCCAGGAUCUAUUCUUUUGGUCAAAAUAUGAAGUAUUGGUAUAGUUUGAGGGUGGUUUUUUGGUUUUGGGGGGGAACUUUUGGUGUGUAUGUAUAUGUAUGUGUGUGGGUAUGUGUGUACACAGCGGACAGCAAAUUGGAUAACAGUUAUAUCUAUCCUCUUCCUUCCCCUAGUAGAAAUAAAACAAAUCUUUACAAAAAAAAA